AUGUCUGCUGUUCCUGGUCCCGUUUACGGCCUCGAGGUCCCUCCUGGAGAGAUCUUGAUUCCUGCCGCCAUGGAGUUCCCUGCUUCUUUCCGCAUCACCAUGGCUGCUGUCGACCCUACAGAGGAGCCUGAGGCCGAUGGUGAGGGCAACAUCCCCACCGUCCCUCGCUCUACCCUGCGCCUUGUCAAGCGCGCUCUCACUGAUCUCGACGAGGAGGAUGAGGAUGAUGAGGAGAUUGACGACGAGACCUUGAAGGCUCUGCUUGCCGGCUCUGACGACGAGGAGGACUCUGAUGAGGAGGCCAACGGUGGCCCCAGCGACCCCGUCAAGGCCAAGAAGCAGCGACAGGCUGCCGCCAUCAAGAAGCUUCUCGAAUCCGCCCAGGAGGAGGAGUCCGACGAGGAGAUGGAGGAUGCUAAGCCCAACGGCAAGUCCAAGGGCAAGGCUAAGGCCACCGAGGAGGACGAUGAUGAGGACGACGAGGACUCCGACGAUGACAGCGAGGAGGGUGCCGACCUCGAGAACUUUGUCAUCUGCACUCUUGACACCGAGAGGAACUACCAGCAGCCUCUUGACAUCACCGUCAACCACGGCGAGAAGGUCUUCUUCGUUGUCACCGGUUCCCACACUGUUUACCUGACCGGAAACUACAUCAUGGACGACGAUGAGGAUGAGGACUCUGAGGACGAGGACGAGUACGACCUGUCCCCCGAUGAGCUCGAGUACGGCCUCGAGGGUGACGACAGUGACGCCAGCGAUGACCUCGAUGGCCUUGAGGACCCCCGCAUCCAGGAGAUUGAGACUGAUGAGGAGGAGGCCCCCAAGCUUGUUGCUGCCAAGAAGGGCAAGAACAAGCGCGCCGCCGAGGAGGCCGAGGGUCUCGAUGAGCUCAUGGCCAAGGACGAUGCUAAGCUUUCCAAGAAGCAGCAAAAGAAGCUCAAGAACAACCAGGGCGAGGCUGUCGCCGCCGAGGAGAAGAAGGAUGCUAAGAAGGUUCAGUUCGCCAAGAACCUCGAGCAGGGCCCUACCGGUUCCACCGAGAAGGCCAAGCAGGGCAAGGACACCAAGCCUGCCACCGGCGUUAAGGUUGUUCAAGGCGUCACCAUCGACGACCGAACCAUCGGUAACGGCCGCACUGUCAAGAACGGCGAUACCGUCGGUGUCCGAUACAUUGGCAAGCUCCAGAACGGAAAGCAGUUCGAUGCCAACAAGAAGGGUAAGCCUUUCUCCUUCAAGGCCGGCAAGGGUCAGGUCAUCAAGGGCUGGGACAUUGGUGUCGUCGGCAUGGCCAUUGGUGGUGAGCGUCGUCUGACCAUCCCUGCCCACCUCGCCUACGGCUCUCGUGGCCUUCCCGGCAUUCCUGCCAACAGCACAUUGGUCUUCGAUGUCAAGCUCCUGGAGAUCAACAUCAUGGCCCCGGCCCUCCUCAAGAAGGCCAGCCAACAGUUUAUACGUCUUUCUUCAUGUGAUUCAAAACAUGCUUUAGAACCGUCACCGGACUCUGAGGCGAAUGGCCCUGACGGCCUCGAUGUACGGAAACCUGGCAAUGUUGGCUCGAAAAGAUGGGGGAAGCCUUUUCGGAGUGCCCUCAAAAGCCUGAGGAUCAGUGGACGCAGUGUUGUUGAGGUAUCAAAGGACUUGAACACGCCUCCUGGAGAUCAAGUCAGAGCCAUUCAACUGGCGAAAUAUGCCCAAGAACAUGGAUUCGCUCCCAAGAGUCCCCAUACAAAGGAACUACUCCGAAAGUUCCGACCGAACCCCGUGGCCAUGACUUCCAAUUCGACAUUGGUGAUCCGAACUCCUCCAGCAAGGGCACGAAGUUCUUUGCAACCGUUGAACGUCACUCCCUUGAGUGACUUAUCAACUCCUACUUGCUCCGAAGCAAGUGCUAAGCCCUCCUCAGUUCCGGAAGAGUCAACGGCGAAAACAUCAGUCGAAUCGUCUCCCUCACAGCAGGAUAGGGCAACAGCUGAUAGACGAUACAAUAGACGGAAUCCAUGGACACGAUCUAGUCCCGAAGGUCGAGCACUCAGUACCAUUCCGGAAGCUGGCGUAAUCCAAGCUCGACCUACAAUUGCUACUGUAGAGAGAGCCUCCGCUGCCAAGAUCUUCCUCGAGACCCAUUACAACGAGCUCCUUUACAAACCCAAUGCGAGGGCUUUAAGAUUUCAAAGUCUCGAAGCUCAGUUGUGCAACUGCUUGCUAAUAACACCAGAAGACAAAGAGAGAAUUCGAGUGCAGUACAGAAUACAGGAGACCUGCCAUCUGAGGGAGCUACGAACAAUGAAAGCCCAUUGCAUCGCUCAUGACUGGAAGGAUGAAUCUGGACUCUCAGUCAACAAUUACGAGCCAUUGAAGAUUUUGGGCAAAGGAAGUUUUGGAGUAGUUAGAUUGGUACGUGAGAAGGCUGCUCCAGGACAUGCUUUCCCCAGACAGGUAUACGCUAUGAAGGUCAUUCGGAAGUCGGAAAUGAUACGGAACAGCCAAGAAGGUCAUCUGAGGGCUGAGAGGGACUUUCUUGUUGCCUCCGAAGGCUCACAGUGGGCUGUUCCAUUGAUCGCCAGCUUUCAAGACCCAACAAGUCUCUAUCUUGUAAUGGAGUAUAUGCCCGGCGGAGACUUUCUUGGACUACUCAUUCGACAACACAUCUUGCAAGAACCCAUUGCGCAAUUCUACAUUGCAGAGAUGAUCCUUGCUAUGGAAGAGGCCCAUCGAUUGAACUUCAUUCAUCGCGACAUAAAACCAGACAACUUUCUGAUAUCAGCGAGUGGCCACUUGAAGAUAUCUGAUUUCGGACUAGCAUUUGACGACCACUGGUCUCACGACGCAGCAUAUUACAGCACUCAUCGAUAUUCACUGGUGCGAGGACUCGGUAUAAAUGUCACUGGGGAUGAAAUAGAUCAGAAAACCAGCAAGGACAUCUUGAAACAAUUCGAAUGGUACCAGUCCGUUAUGUCUGGACUCGAUCGACAUGCAAGAUAUCCAGUGGGCAAUGAAGAUUUGCGAACUCUCAUCGGUUGGAGAAACCGACACGGUAACCGCACUGCCGCGCGCUCCGUUGUUGGAACUAGCCAGUACAUGGCACCUGAAGUGUCCAUGCCGGCACCAUUCACCCCUAACCUAAAAAGCGACGAUGAUGCACAUUACUUUGACGAGUCUGAACCUUUCGAAGACUGGUCUGAAUCCAUACCCUCCGGCAUAUAUCUCAACACAGAAGACGUGAAAGAGCUACUGUUUGGAUUCGAAGCUCACGUGCAGGAGAAGGCCAUGGGGCUCAUCAAAGUUCCGUUCGAUGCGGCCAAACUUCGAAGUAUGGACCGUGAUAUCGAUGCAGCGACUGACCUUCAGCCUAACGAGAAGGCAACGUUGAAGCAGUUUGUCAGGUUUUACGGCCACAAGGAGCGUAAGCGCCCACGAGACAUGUUGCUUCGGGACAAGAGUACGAAGAAGAUAUCACUGAGGAUUCGAAAAGAAACGGCAUUCAUGGGAUAUACCUGGCGACGAAUGCGACCUGGUGGUUACAUUGAGCAGACGCAGCCAGAGACACCCUCGGUCUCUGAAGUACAAGUUGCAGCCUAA